UCUGUUUUGUACAUUUCAUUUGCAAGUGAGUCGUAAAUACCGAAAAUUAAAAAUUACUACAAUGAAUGACGAAGAAGAACUAUACAAAAUGUGGCGCAUACGCAAGACAGUACUGCAAAUGUGCCACGACCGUGGGUAUCUGGUUACUCAGGAGGAACUAGACCAGACGCUGCAGGGGUUCCAGGAGAUUUUCGGCGACAGGCCAAGCGAAAACUGCCCCUCGCGGGCCGAUAUCACGUUGCUUGUGGCCCACAACGAUGACCCCACCGACCAGAUGUUUGUGUUCUUUCCGCAGGAGCCGAAGGUCGGCAUCAAAGACAUCAAACGCUACUGUUUGCGCAUGCAGGAGGAGAGCAUUUAUCGUGCCAUUAUUGUGGUGCAGAACAGCAUAACGCCGUCGGCCAGGCAGGCGCUCGUUGAGAUGGCCCCCAAGUACGUUCUGGAACAGUUCCUAGAGGCCGAGCUGAUGUUCAAUAUCACCGAGAAUGAGAAUGUGCCGGAGCACGUGGUGAUGACACCGGACGAGAAGCAGGAGCUGCUCAGUCGCUACAAGCUAAAGGAGUCCAUGCUGAUGCGCAUCCAGGUCAACGAUCCGGUGUCACGCUACUUCGGCCUGAAACCCGGCCAAGUGGUGAAGAUUAUCCGCUCCUCUAAGUCGGCCGGUCGCUACAUCUCCUACCGCAUCGUCGUCUAAGUGCUCGCCACCAUUUUGUACACAAUUUAUCGAAGAAGAAUCGACAAUCAUUCCAGACACUCUUCUCUUCGAUAAGGGAAAACUUUUCCACAAAUACAAACUUUUGAGGUUAUGUUAUUUUGUUUCAAGUCCAAGAAGAAAUAUAUUUACACAAAAAAGA